CAAGGUUUAUGGCAAAAUGCGUACCUAAUCUUUUCGUUAUUACAAAGCAUAAAUGCCGGUACCAAGAUGGCCGUUUAUUACAAAGGAUGCGGAUACAAGCACAGUCAUUUCGAUGGUAGAUUUGCCGUAGACGAUGUCUCAUGGGAUUUUUACUAGGUUUGUCUGUUCAAUUUAAUUUUCUUAAUUGUCGGAAUGAGGCAUCCCCUAACGUUUACAGAUUGAUCAAAUGCUGGCAUGAUUCUGCCGAUAUUUCCUCUUCCCCGGAUCACGGGGUUUUAUCAAUAUUGAAAUUCCAGCAUUCUAUGAAUUAUCAAUAACAUUAUUUCAUCUACAAUCAGUAUAUUCCGUACAAUGAAUACUGCGUCUCUAUAAAUGUUGGUAAUUGUCCACUGUGGCUGACGGUGUCCCCGGGUGUUAGGAAAUCAGUUAUAAAUUUCAUUUGUCCCUGAAAUCGGACGUAUUUUUCAUUUUGUCGUGUUCUGUCGUAUAUAUACCUUUGUGACAUGGAGGUCUCUCACUUUUCUUUGUUCAGUUCUUCUUCGCAAUUGUUGUGCUUAAUUCAUAUCAUAAUGGCACCUUUCGGAGUUUCGAAACCUGUAGAGAAAGUUCUACACAACAAGCCUGUCAAAAUAGAAGAAAUGGACCCCAUGGCUAUCCAACUCCUGGACAAGUCUGAAUUAGCAGGAAAGGCGGGAAAGAAUUCAACGAAAUUUAGCCUAACAGUGAAUCCGGAUGACUUUGACGACGAAUACCUGACGGCGUCCAUGCUGGAGUUCGGCGAUAUAGACAGGAAUGGUUUGUUGGAUUUCGAUGAAUUAUUUCGUUUCUAUCUAGCCAUCAUCAAAUUCCCGAUGAAGAAGGCCUCAGAGACUGCUCAGAGUUUUAUUGACCUUGGUGACAAAAACAAAGACGAGAAGCUGUCCCUGAAAGAAUUGUUGAGUAUUAUGGAUGAAGCCAAGCACCUUGCCGAGGCUCGGAAGCGCAUGAAAAUGGAGAAUGCUGUCAAUGAUGAAAUUACUGAAGAUAAAAUACCUAGUUUUGGCCAGGACAAGACUGCUGAAGACAAGAAUCCAAGUGAAAGCAAGAUACCCAAAAGGGGAGAGAACCAUGUCAUGGAGGGCAAAGGUGCAGUAGCUGCUGGGAAUGGCAAGUGGGAUGGAAGAAAACACCGCCCUUCAGAUGAACAAGAUGUCGAAGAGUUGCACAACUUGCAAGCAGCGAAGAAGUAAUAUUGAGAUGACUCCUGGUUAAAUUGUGAUAGUAUAAUACAGAGCUGAAGUUUUAAUUUUACUCCAUUUUCUGACUUGUGAACUGAAGUGCACCUGCUGGAACAGGAAGGUUUUUGCACUGAAGUAUGGAAUGCUCAAUUGUUUUAUCAUUGUUUGCCACAUAUCAACAUAUUUUCAACCUAUUCUCAUUGUGUACUGCAUAUUGAUCAAUUGUUACAAACAGUAAUCUUCAUCAUUUAAAUUUCAAUAAAUUUCUCUUUGCAGUGUA